GUUUGCUUUGACGGAUCGAUUGCCCUUUGCUCUCUCUCUCUUUUUCCCAUUUCUGUUUCUCUAUCCAAUCGACUCACAUCAGACACGAUUUCAAAAAGGAAGAAUAAGUUCAAAAGUCUAAUCCUUCUUUUGCUCCGGAAACUUUCUCUGACGAACUAAAGAAAGAGGUCCCCACUUGAAAUUUGUUUCUGCCCUUUUUUUUUUGUUUUGUUUACCUAUGGAUCUUCUCCCUUCCAGUUUCCCUUUUGUUAUUUAUUUAUUUAUAAAUGUGAAAUCAGGCAAGCAUGUUAUUCAAGAAACUGUACCUGAAGUUGAAUUCUCUCUCCCACUGGAAGAGGUUGCACCAGUGGCAGUGGCAGAUGCAGCAAUGCUUGCUCCAGAGGAAAUAUUUCUGGGGACAGGCAAAAUAAAGGAAGAGUCAGCGCUUACACAGGAAGAGAGAAAGAGGAGUAGAGCUAAGAAGAUGAGAAAGUUCAAAGGUAAGGAAGAAAAUGUGCAUGGAAGAGUGGACAACGUUGCUGUUGGGAAGCUUUCACUUAGCCUCACGCACCUUAAUAAAGAAAGCAUGUCUAUCUUCGGUACUCAGCUCAGAGAUGCCCUCAAAAGCCUCCUGCCAUUCACGCAAUCCAUACCACUUACUAUUGAAUAUCUCAACACUGCUUCUCUUGGUCCCAAGAAAGACUAUGGAACCAACAGAUUGGUGCCUGGAGUUCUACAAGUUGCUGAUGGCACACACUUGAUAUUGGAUGAAACAGAGUUGCAACCAGGAACCUUGAAUUCUGUUGGAGUUGAGAAUGCAAACCUGCUUAAAAACCUCUUGGAAUGUCAAAAGGUGGAGUAUGAUUUUCAAUAUUUUAAAAUGGAAAUGGCCACUGCUGCUCAGAUGCUCAUUUUCUCCGAGGGAAAAUCAAACAUAAUGCCUGCUGAUAUGGUUCUACCGUUUCAACCUUCUCAAGUGAAUCCAUUGCAAGUCAUCACACAAGAAACAGCACAAGCUUGGAGGUGUUACUUAGCUACUUGCAAAUCCUUACCUCACUCCAUUGGGCAAGAAUUGCAACAAGUAUUGGAGAGUGAUUUGGUUGCAGCAAGACAAACUGAUCGUAGUUUAGGUAGCCAAGACUUGAGCAGAUUGUUGACUAUGGCUCGCAUGAUGUCUGUGAGGUAUGGUGAGGCUACGCUUUCACUAGAGCACUGGCAAAUGGUGUUGGAGCUAGAAAGACUUAGGAAGGAGAGGCUCAAGUAA